UGUGUCUUUACCUACAGUAGUAUUACAUACGUUCGGGGUGAUGAUAUCCCAAUCAGUCUGCUCUCUCAUAUACCGAGCAUCUGGCAAAAUGCUCCCCUUCUUCUCCUCUCCCGGUCUCUAUAUCACGACAUGAUUGCUUCGCUCGUACCCCCUUGUGCAGAUAUAUGACCAACACACCUCUAGACGACAGCAGUCUCCCUGCAAACUGACAUCCCGCUUGCGCGUCCACCACGAUGCCUCGUAAACCGUCCCCCUCUACUACCAAGAGGCCGCGAGCUUCAAAACCAAAAGUCAAAACAGGCUGUCUAACCUGCAAGAUCAGACACGUCAAAUGCGAUGAAUCCAAACCGCACUGCACGCGCUGCCUCUCCACUGGCCGGGUGUGCGAUGGGUACUCCCCUCCUCGCCUCCUAACCCACAUUAUCACCCACUCCCCUUCACAUACCAUCACUCACUUCCCCACCCCGCUCCCUUCCCCCGCCAUCACCAACGCCCCAACCCCUCUUCUCCCCGGCACCCCCUCAGAGCAGGACUCCUUCCACACCUUCCGCACCCUCACCACCGCGCACCUCAGCGGGCUUUUCACAUCCCCAUUCUGGUCCCGCCACGUCCUGCAAGCGUCACUCCACGAACCCUCUAUCUUUCACGCCGCUGUGGCGUUAGGCGCCUUACACAGCAACUCCAUCCACACCAGAACUUGGGGGGACGGGGACGGGGACGGGGAGUUCGCGGUAAGGCAGUACGUCAAAGCAAUCCGCGGCUUGACGAGGCCGGCGGGAGAGAGGAGGGUUGAUGUUACCCUGAUUGCGUGUCUCCUCUUCACCAUUUUCGAAUCCCUCCGCGGCUACCACGCAGCGGCGCUGACGCACUUGGAUAAUGGGGUGAACCUGCUCCUUGAACUACAGUCCCAGUCCCACUCCGACUCGCACUCGCACUCGCACUCCCCCUCCCACGCCAACAAACAGCGCCCAGCAUACCCGAGUCUACCCUACACGCCCCUCCCCGCGCUGCGAGAACUAGUUAUGAGGUUAGAUACACAAGCGACACAACUCCUCCCCACGCGACGGACGCGUUUACGUCCUUUCUCCGCGCCGUGCACGGAUUAUGCGUUUACAUCGUUGGAGGAGGCGAGGGCGAGGGGGGAUGAGUUGUGGAAUUACAGUCUUUACACCCUCCAGCCCUCCGCGUCAUCCGCCUCCUCAUCACCCCCCUCCUGCUCCUCCGCCAAUAAUGAUGAUUACUGCCUUUCGCCCCGCGGUCAAGCUCAUCGACAUACGUCUCGCAUCUAUUUAGCAGAUCUCCAGGCCCGCUACUCUACUGCCCUCUCAACCUACCUCGCCACCCACCCCCCUCUCACACCUCGCGAGCGACAAGCAGGGAUGUUAUUAAAGCUCCACGACGCAGUCGCGACGCUCUCUCUGAGCCCCGCGUCACUUGCUGGUUGCGAAGAGGUGUGGAGUUCGUAUACACCGCAGUUCGCGGGUAUAGUUGCACUUGCACGGUCGAUAAUAGAGAUGGAAGACGCGCUCGGAGAUGACGAAACCGGGAUAAGCGGGGGAAGAGGGGGGAAAGUGGGGAUGGAUACCGGUGUGUUGGGACCGUUAUAUCUCGUCGCGCUGAGGUGUCGCGAUCCGGUGAUUCGUUCGGAAGCGGUGCGGUUACUUGCGGGAGCGGAGGGGAGGAGAGAGGGGUUAUGGGAUAGUAACUUAUUAGCUAGAGUGGCGGGGAGGGUGGUGGUUAUUGAAGGGGUUGGUGGGGAAGGGAAGGGGAGGAAGAGGGUGGAGGAUGUUGAUCUCGUGUUUGAUCCCGAGGAAGGGUGUAAGGCUGGUGUUCGGUUUUUGUUAGAGGACGGCAUUGAUGAUAGGACUAUCAGUAAGCAGGAGGAGGUGGGUGGGUGGGUGUUAGCUAGUUAA